ACAACACAGACGCUCACACAUGCAUUUAAAUUUAUACCCACACAUCUCUCAUUUCCUGUAAGACUGCUCACACUAAUAUCUAUUUUCAGUCUCGUGACCAGACAAAAAUCUCCCUCUGACACACAUGCGCACACAAACACAGCUGUGGGGGAUUCAAAGAGCUGGAUGUGGAUCUGAAAAUGAAAACAAAACCAUUCAUGCUGAGGAAAUUGGUCAGGGUCAUCGGGAGAGAGAGCGCGCGUGGGGACGAGCGAGAGUAAUAGGGACACAAAGGAAGAUACACAGCCCUGAAGCAGGGAAACUCCCUCCUCCAGAGCAGAGGCGGACAAAAGAUCGCAGCCAGAGACCCGUCAGCGAAGCUCUGUCGAUCCAGAUUUCACUUACAGCGGCACAGUGCUCCAGUCAGUUUUCAGGUCUUUUCUUACAAAGAGCCGAGCCAUCGAUGGGGUUGGUCCAGAGUGAAAACUCAAAGGAAGCAUUUCAUUAAAGGGAGGGAAUCUGCAACAAUAAACAGAAACAACCUUCCAAGGUAACCAUGCAAACACGAGUACAUCAACAGAGCAGCCUCCUCCUGUUGAUCUUGGCCGUGGAUUUCUGCGGGGUUCAGGGCUGUUGGACUGGCUCCAGGCCAGAAUGUGAGAAAGCUGCUUUUGUCCCAGGACACAACCUAGCAGGCGAGGGCUUCGACGUGGUGCGCAUGCGCCGAACGGGGGCGUACGUCAUCAACGUCAAGGCUCAUCUGGCCGACAACCACACCUGCACCCUGUGUCCCAACCGCUUCCAACAAGGAAAGGUUCAGAGGCUCCCGGCUUCGGUGCUGGACUGGCGUUCCUUCAGCCACUGCAGUAAGCAGCUCUCCAGUGCGCUUCACCACUCUGUAGACUCCCUGCUGCGCAGCUCCAACUCCCUGGUGAAGAACAACUGGGGUCUGGGUCUGAGCCUCGACAGUAUUGGCGAGGCGGUGCUGGGAGGAAGCCGCUCGGACCUGGCCAAGUUCGCACGGUCGCAGCACAGUGUGGACAAGGCCACUUUCGCCAUUCAUGAAAUCAGUUGCACUUAUUACAGCUACAGACUGGCUGACCAUCCCCAGCUGAGUGCAGAGUUCAUAAAGCAUCUGAAGAGACUCCCUCAGAAUCUAAACACAAGCCAAAACAGAGCCCUGUACAGACGACUUAUAGACACCUAUGGAACACAUUAUAUCCACCAGGUGCAGCUUGGUGGUAAGGUGAGGCGCAUUACUGCCUUCAGGACCUGCCUGGCUUCACUGAAGGGUUUCUCCGAGACUGAAAUCAAAAACUGCCUUAAUGUGGAACUGCGGAUGGCUCUAGGCUUCCUUCCUGCCAACGCCUCGUUCUCCAACAAGUGCGACGGCCUCCUGAAGGGCAACAUGAGUAUGGGCUUCUAUCAAGGCUUCAUGACGCAUAAGAUUGAAGUCAUUGGAGGAGAGCGAUACUUCCCAGACAUCCUGUACCAACAGGACCCGUCUGAGGCCUACCACAGCUGGAUCAACAGCCUCCAAGACAACCCAGACGUGGUUUCUUACGCCAUCUUCCCUCUGCAUCAUCUGGUGGAUGACUUGCAGAUAAGCACUAAUCUGAGAAGCACCAUCACAGAUUACAUCAAAGAGAAUCAGCUGCAGGAGGAUCAUCUCGGAUUCAAGAACUGCUCCCCAACUCCCAACCUGGACAACAACUGCUGCCCUUUAAGGGCUGGCAGGGGAACCCUAAAGCUGGAGAUCCACAGAGCUGCAGGUCUGAGAGCAGACACCUUCACAAAAACUGACGCCUACGUGAAGAUCUUCUACAACGGCAUGUACGAGGAGACAGACACAGUGAUGGACGACAAUGACCCAGUGUGGAACGCCACGUACGCCUUUGGUUCAGUUGAACUGGGUCAGGCCUUAAGGUUUGAAGUGUGGGAUAGAGACGUGUUCUAUAAUGACGUAGCGGGGAGAUGCAUGGUCUUUCCUGAGCGAGGAACUCACUCCCUAAGCUGUCAGCUCAGCAAAGGAGUUCUCUAUUUUACCUACACCAUCAAAUGUGACGCUCAUCUCACCGGCUUCAGAUGUGGGCGAUACUCCCCCAGUGCAGAGUAGGUUUUACAUUUAACUGAGUUAAUGUGUUUUUAACCUUUUCUUGAAGUAGUAUAAUUUUAAAAAAAGAAACUAGUUGUUAAAAUUUUGGAUGCUAUUAUUAUCCCCUUGUUUUACAUGGAACAUUCCUAAACUUUUAUAUAAUUGUAUCUUAUAGGAGUUCUUAAUUUGAUGGUCUAUUAUUGAUUCAGUAAUAAAUAACCAGAAAUGGUG